AUGUGCUCAAAUAAAAUAAGAUACUCAUCCUUAAUUGCUUCCUAGAGAGCAGCAAUAACUAUUUCGGAUUUAAACCCUAAAGAGUCUAAUAACAAUAAUGUAUUUUUCAAACUUAGAAAGAGCAACUAAGGUUUAUACUAAUAAUAGGCCUGUAAUAUUAACUCCAAUCAGUAAAAUAUAUUGAGAAUCGGGACAAAUACUUCUACAAAUCUUCAAUAAACUUAUAAAGCUUUGAGAAACUUAAGUUAGAAUAAAUCUGCAAAAAAUAUUUUAGAAUAAUCAAGUUACAAAACACAGUCUAAACUCGGAGGAACUCAUUAAAAAUAAGUUUUACCAAGUCUCGUUAACAUAAGUGAAGGAAGUAAUGGACGCAAGCAAGAAUAAGGGAGACUGCUUUUAGUUCGAAAACCUAACCAAGAAUUAACCAGCUCUCUAAAAUCUACAAAUCAUAACGCUCACAAAAUCCCAAAUCUCCCUCCUGUUAUUACUGAUUCUAAUGGAGCCUCAAUGAGUAGAUCAACUUAUUUCUCAUCAUUAGAAUAGCAUCACUCAGAUUGCAAAUCCAUUAGAAAAUCGAUGAACGAACUAUUCUUAGAUUAGUUUGAAAGCAAGCUUGACCAAGACUCUUACAAUAAUUCUAAAAAUAGAUUAGAUAAUGAUGCACAUAACAUUGCAAGAUAAGAACGCAAUUUCCUUGAAGGCCAUAGUGUUUUGCCUCAUCACCGUGCUAAAAUGAUAGACUGGAUGAUUUAGGUACUUAGAGUCCUCGACUCUUCCACUGAUGAGACGUUUUUCUUGGCGACUUCCAUACUUGAUAGAUUUUUUUAAGCUAAAAGUAUAGAAGGGUCAUUUUUAGAUAAAGAGGACCUUCAUAUCUUCGGUUUAACAUCUAUAUUUAUUGCAUCUAAGUUAGAAGACGCUUUCCCAAUUACCAUGGAUUAGAUUGUUGAUGAAGCUUCACAUGGAAAAUUUGAAAGCAAAGACAUAUUAAAAGCUGAAAAAGUAAUGUGUCGGGCUCUUGGUUUUAAAUUUCUUUAAUAAACACUGAUUGACAAAGUAUCUGCGUAACUGCUUCUUAUAUUUGAGGAUGACCCAAGACUCAAAAUGUAAGACUCAGAUCAAAAGGAGCUCUAGAAAUCAGUAUCCUUUAUUUGUAAAGCCUUAUGCCACGACUACAUUUUUUCAACUUUGGAUUUAAAUGACUAAGCAACGAUUGUGCUCAUGCUGAUUCCAAGAUUCCAUCUACAGUUUCUAGAAAAAAGAGGCAGAGAUAGAAAAGAGAGUUCCCCUAGCUCUUCUAAGGGAGAGAUGAAAAGACUGUUGGUCUAAAAAUAGAUCAGAGGGAUACAGAUGACUAUAAAUGAAUUUUUAACAACAACUAUAUUACAUGUGGAGAUGGUUGAAAAUCUGAUGAGUCUGAUUUAAAAUUUAACCUCAGCCGAUAACCAAUCUGGAUUCUAAAAUCUGCUCAGGAGCUACCCCUAGUAUAAAAACAUCUCCUUGAAUGACUAUAAAUUGAUAAAAGUAAAGAGAGUGCAGAAGAUGCACAGUGAUACUACUGCAUCAUCUGCGGAAAGUAAAAUAGAAAAUGACUAUGUUUGA